AUGGCCGACGUCGCUGGCUCUCAGGCCUACUGCAACAAGUCCGUCGAUAGCGCCGCCGCCCGCAGGAGGCGUAGGAACCAGCUCAGGAGGAAGAGGAGGAGCUCCGAGGAGGGGCCAACUGACCACGACGACGACGACGAGGGGCGGGAUCUGGCCCAGGGGGCAGAGGCCGCGGUGUUGGAGAGGAAGCUUGUUCCUGUUCCAGGGGCCUUGGCCGUGGCAGGGCGCCAGCGCGAGAUGGAGGACGCCGCCACUGUGUGGAUGGACCUUUGCUCGCCGCUCAUCUCCGGCGGCCUUCCCGUGCAUUACUUUGGGGUUUACGACGGCCAUGGUGGAGACCAUUUCUCUAUAAUGUGCAGGCAGAAGAUGCAUGAGAUCUUCAAGGAGGAGCUGAUGGGCGAGGCUGGGUACCCACCGCCGGCACCGGCGCCGCCGGGGUUUGCAGUCCAUGAGGGCAUGCUGAAGGAGGCAUGGAGGGUGUUGAUAAGGCGCGUUUUCCAGAGGACUGAGAAGGUGGCGCUGGAUACAUGCAGCUGCGGAAGCGAGGGCUUCGUAUGCGGCUGCGACCGGGACUCCAUCUCCUACUCGGGCACCACCGCCGUCGCAGUGCUCAUGACCGAGCACCACAUCGUGGUGGGGAACUGCGGAGACUCACGCGCCGUCCUCUACCGCGCUGGCAAAAUCGUCCCUCUCUCCUACGACCACAAGCCAGGGAGGCCUGAUGAAAGGGCCAGGAUUCAAGCCAGCGGUGGACACGUAGUCAGCACUGAUACUGAAAGAGUUGAAGGAAUUUUAGCUAUGUCUCGAGCAAUAGGAGACGUGUUUCUGAAGCCAUCUGUGAUAUCUGAGCCAGACAUGACCAUCACAAAAAGGAACCAUGAAGAAGAUGAAUUUGUGAUAGUGGCAAGUGAUGGGAUGUGGGACGUGGUCCCGAUGCCGAUGGUCGGGCGAGUGGUGCACCAGUGUCUGACUGAGCCGCACGGAGGUGGCCCUCGCAUGUCCGAGUACGCAGUUAAUUCCAAUAAUGGAGCAUUGCUCUCUUCCCGGGGCGCGUGUGCAGCGGCUGUGCUCACGCGCCUCGCCUUGGGUAGGAAUAGCAUCGACAACAUCACCGUCGUGGUGAUUGAUCUCAAGGGGAUGGGUGUGGGUGAUAAGCCCUAGCUAGAUGCUCAUUAGAUAUGUUAAGUGGUGUUU